AUGGAUCACUCCAGGGAUCCCUGCCCGUAUGUCGCUCUGAGCGACUUCGGUGGUGCUUUCUGUAUGGGUGCUAUCGGUGGUUCUGUAUGGCACGGCAUCAAAGGUUUCCGCAACAGCCCCUACGGCGAGCGCCGGAUAGGCGCUCUCACAGCCAUCAAGGCGCGAGCCCCUGUUCUGGGCGGUAACUUCGGUGUUUGGGGUGGACUUUUCAGUACAUACGACUGCGCUAUCAAGGGUAUUCGCAAGACAGAAGAUCCAUGGAACGCAAUUGGCGCUGGUUUCCUCACUGGUGGCUCCUUGGCCGUUCGUGGUGGUGUCAAGGCCGCCCGCAACUCUGCUAUUAUGUGUGCCGUCUUCUUGGCCGUCAUCGAAGGUGUCGGCAUCGGUUUCCAGCGCAUGAUGGCCGACAACACAAAGCUCGAGCUUCCUCCGCCUCCCCCAUCCGAGCAAAAAGCAUUCGCCUAG